CUUUUGUACAAAUUUCCAGCAUGGCAGGCGGCAGCACAUACACGUGGAGCCACGCUCUUCGCAUAGACUCCAAGAAAUCACCAUUCGAAUCACCUCUUCCCCAAACCCACCAAGCCUUCGCUAAUGUGAAGCCAGUAUCAUGGCAGCGACUCAACGUAGGCGGUAUCCUAACCACAGUCUACGGAAAGAACGAACUACCGCGACACCCGGAAUCAAUCACGGCAUUCUGGCUCCUCCACGGCCGCGGCGACACUCAAGACUCCAUGGCAUACACCGCGGCAGCAUUGCUCGAAGCAUGGAACCAGAAAAGAGCCCAGGUGGGAAGCAGAAAAGGCUUGAUAUGCAUAUGUUAUGAUCAAAGAAACCAUGGCUCGAGGAUGAUUGAAAACGAUCAUAAUUUGUCUUGGAAGCAGGGAAAUCCUCAACAUGCACAACAUAUGUUUGCGACCUAUUCUGGUACGGCGCAUGAUCUGAGUCUUUUGAUCACGCAGAUCGAGUCGCAUUUGGAGUUCAAAAUUAAUGAUAAUAUUGCCGGCGGCGUGAGUCUGGGCGGACAUGCGAGUUGGAUAGCACUGAUGAAAGAGCCGCGGAUCACAGCCGGGAUGAUUGUGGUGGGCUGUCCAGACUAUGUACGUCUGAUGACGGAUCGAGCGAUAAGAGCAAAGCUGCGGUCUUGCAUGACUACAGAUCCGCCGGGACAGGAGUUUCUAGGAUCGCCAGAUUUUCCGCAAUCGCUCGUCGCUGCCGUGGAGCAACUCGAUCCAGCCGGAAUACUACUGAGCGAGCUGGAUGUCUAUUCUCCAGAGGAUAUCAAGCAUGAACCAUCGCGAGACGAAGUGAAACGCCUGCGAGAUAUUAUUGAGCAAACUCUUGCUGGCAAGAAGAUUAUCUGUUUAAGUGGCGGGAAGGACAGACUUGUCCCGUACGUUCAAGGCGAACCUUUUCUCACUUGGCUCAAGCGAGGCAUCGCUAAAGAUAGCUGGGCUGGGGAUCAAGGUAUUGAACUUGAAGAUAUCAAAGAUCCUGAUGCUGGCCAUCAGUUCUCUGCGCUGAUGCGUAGGGAGGCUGAGCGCUGGAUCUGUGAUCUGCUAUCAGAUGACAACAGACCACAGCCAAGAGAAAGCAAAAUGUAA